CAUGCUAAAAAGAACCCAAAAGUAUAUGGGAAUGGAUUUCUGUGUGAGUUGGUUGUGAGCUGCUAGCGUAAGAGACAACAUGGGCCUGUAUGAAGCAGCUUUCCUCCUGGGAGCCCUCAUCAGCACUGUCAGUGGGUCUGAGGUGGAAGGCUACACCAAAACAGAAGGUGCAUGGGUGCUCUCACUGAACAAAAGACAGUAUACAGUAAACACUGUGGCUGAGUGUGUGGCCAAAUGUAAUGCUGAAACAUCUUUCACAUGCAAGUCUUUUGCAUAUGUGCAGAAGGAUCAAGAGUGCUGGACAGCAGCAUCAAACUCCAAAACAGAGCUUGUCCUGCGUAGAAGCAGCUCAGCUUUAUAUGAAAAAAAUGAAUAUCUGUUGGAGUGCGUAAAUGGCAUAGGAACAGAUUACAGAGGAACAAAGACCAGAACAAAAUCAGGAAAACUGUGUCAGAGAUGGGAAGCAAAAACACCACACCGGCCCAACAUUACACCCCAAUCCCACCCCCGAGCAGACCUAGAGUCUAAUUUCUGUAGAAACCCUGAUUCGGACAGGGGUGGACCCUGGUGUUACACCACUGACCCUGACACCCGCUGGGAGCACUGCAAUGUAUCCAACUGUAAAGAGGAGUGCAUACAUUGCAGCGGUGAGGACUACAGAGGAAAAACCUCCACCACUGAAAGUGGUUACAUCUGCCAACGCUGGGACUCCCAGAAACCUCACAACCAUGGCUACAACCCCAGCGCUCUCCCAGACAAAUAUCUUGAGGAGAACUACUGCAGAAACCCAGAUGGAGAUCCCAGGCCAUGGUGCUUCACCACCAGCCCAUCCAAACGAUGGGAAUUCUGCGCCAUUCCCCGCUGUACAUCUGAGCCUCCCACCAUCAUCCCGGAGCUGACCUGUGUCACGGGCGAAGGGCAAACAUACCGCGGCACAAUGGCUGUAACCGAGAGUGGAAAAACGUGCCAGACCUGGUCGGCUCAGACGCCACAUAAACACAGCCGGACCCCAGAAAACUACCCCUGCAAAAGUCUUGAUAGUAACUACUGCCGUAACCCCGACAAUGAGAGGAUGCCGUGGUGUUAUACCACUGACCCAGACACCCGGUGGGAGUACUGCAGCGUGCCACGCUGUGGAGACACUCCUGAUCUAGGUGAAGGUGUGAUCCCCCCUGAGGGUGAAGACUGCUAUGAAGGGAACGGGGCUAAUUAUCGGGGAAUAACAUCAGAGACCAUCAGUGGGAAAAAAUGCCAAAUGUGGACUUCCAUGACUCCUCACAGACAUAACAAAACCCCACGAGAGUUCCCCGCAGCGGACCUGAGGAGAAAUCUAUGCAGGAACCCUGACGGAGACCGAGCACCCUGGUGUUACACCACAGACCCUAAGGUCCGCUGGGAGUACUGCAACCUGGAGAAAUGCUCCCAAAAGCUCCCAGGAGCACCAGCCAUCCCUGUUCCUGAACCUCAGGCCACUAGUGGCCCAGAAGAGAGAGACUGCAAGACUGGAAAUGGAGAAACGUACAGAGGUCCAACCUCCAUGACGGUUUCGGGUGUGACUUGCCAGGCAUGGAGUGCUCAGAGUCCUCAUGCACACAGCAGCUUCACACCACAGACCCACCCUACCAAGGGUCUGGAAGGCAAUAGCUGCAGAAACCCAGACAACGAUGGGAACGGACCAUGGUGCUACACUACUGACAGGAACAAGAAGUGGGACUACUGCCAGAUCCCCGACUGUGCUGGAUUGGAUUGUGGAACACCGGUUAUCAAACCAAAACGCUGUUUUGGACGUAUUGUUGGCGGUUGUGCUUCUAAACCUCACUCCUGGCCCUGGCAAAUCAGUCUCCGGACCAAUACUGGAAUCCAUUUCUGUGGAGGAACUCUGAUUGAUCCUGAGUGGGUCCUCACUGCUGCACACUGCCUGGAGAGGUCCAAGCGUCCUUCAGCAUAUCAGGUCGUCAUGGGUAUCCACACUGAAGCAGCCAAUGAGCUAUCAAAACAAGAGAGGCAGCUGGAGAAACUGGUGUUAGGACCCAAUGGAGCCGAUAUCGCUCUGCUCAAACUACAGAGACCUGCUCUAAUUAAUGACAAAGUGCUGCCUGCUUGCCUACCAGAGAAGGACUACAUUGUGCCCAGUAGAACUGAGUGUUACGUUACCGGAUGGGGUGAGACUCAAGGCACAGGGGGUGAAGGUGUCCUGAAGGAAGCUGGCUUCCCUGUGAUUGAGAAUAAGGUCUGUAAUCGUCCAUCGUACCUGAACGGCAGAGUCAAAGAUCAUGAAAUGUGUGCUGGAAAUAUCGAAGGAGGAACUGACAGCUGCCAGGGCGACAGCGGAGGUCCUUUGGUUUGUUAUUCACAGAACAGGUACAUCCUGCAGGGCGUGACAUCGUGGGGUUUGGGAUGCGCCAAUGCCAUGAAACCUGGCGUCUACGCUCGAGUCUCAAAGUUUGUGGACUGGAUCGCUGAAACCAUGAAAGCCAACUAAAAGCUAUCCACCAUCAAAUUUGUUGUGCUAUUUGGGGAUGUCUAAAUGUAUGUGUGCCAUUUGUGAUUAAAGUUACUGUUACUUGA